AUGUUGGCGACUGGCGAGAGCGGAAGUCUCUGGAAUCGCUUUCUGCAUGGACGCCGCGUAAUUACGUUUCGUCCCGCCACGUCGCCGGGAGAGCCGACGAGUGCCGCCAUUGAUCUCAAUCCGAUGCCUACGUUCCAAAACGUCACUUACAAAAUGCUGUCAGCACGGAGAGAAGCGCCCGACACGUCUCACUGGAGGCGCUACAAAGGGGGUAGAUACAAAAGGUUCAGAGAGCCGAGGAAGGGAGGCAGGAUGGAGGAGACCAAGGAACCGGUGGCGACAGAGGGCCGCGAGAAGAUGACGGUGUUGGUGGCUGUGGACGAGAGCGAAGGGAGCCUUUACGCGUUGUCUUGGGCGCUCGACAAUCUCUUCGCCGCCGCCGUCGGAGGCGCGCCCAACAAACCGCAGCCGCUCGGCACACUCGUCCUCGUCCACGCGCAGCAGCCUCUACAGCAGUUCAUCAUGCAUCCGAUCGGACCAGCCGUUUAUGCGACGUCGUCGGUGAUAGACUCCGUGAAGAAAGCUCAAGAGCAGAACUCACGCGAUGUAAUCGAGCGAGCGAAGGGAAUUUGCAGACGAAGGCUGCAGGUUGAAGCUGAAGCAGUCGUCGUCAUCGGGGAUCCGAAGGAGACGAUAUGCCAGGCUGCGGAACAGAUGCAGACCGACCUCCUCGUGGUAGGAAGCCGCGGCCUGAGUAAGAUAAGGCGGGCAAUCCUGGGGAGCGUCAGCGACUACUGUGCUCAUCAUGCCAACUGCCCUGUGCUCAUCGUGAAGCCGCCCAAGACGAGUCACUGAUCGCUCUGCUGAGACGACGAAAGAUGUGUGCUAAUGCAGCAAAACCUUUUCCUGGUGUCUGUGUGUUGAAAGCUUUAAAUCCAUGGAUCAAUGAAAACUGCAUCAUCACAGUAGCACUCAAA